GCGCCUGUUUUCUAACGAGAAACCAAUUCUGGGUAAUCCUUUUCCAAUCCAAGAGUCUCCAACAGAACAAAAGCAAUGCUACCAAGAAACCUUCUUGUUUUCUUGCUUCUCUUCAGCUUCAAGUUCCCAUCUUUAGCAUCGGCUGAAAACGCCACCUUUGAUUUCCAGUCCUUCACUGUCAGGAACCUCACUCUUCUUGGCGAUUCCCAUCUUAAAAAUGGGGUAGUAGGCCUCACCAGGGAGCUUGGUGUUCCUUCUUCGAGCUCAGGCAGCCUUAUCUACAACAACCCAAUCCAUUUUUUUGACCAAGAAUCCAAUACCACGGCUUCUUUUACCACAAAGUUCUCUUUUUCCAUCAACAAUGUCAACCCGAGCUCUUUUGGUGAUGGCUUAACAUUUUUUCUGUCACCUGAUAACCAAACUCUUGGGAGUCCAGGAGGGUAUCUUGGUCUUGUUAACUCUUCGCAGUCGACCAAGAACAAGUUUUUAGCCAUUGAGUUUGAUACCAAGCUUGAUACUCAGUUCAAUGAUCCGAAUCAGAACCAUGUUGGUUUGGAUAUCAACAAGCUCAAUUCAAUCAAGACAGCUGACGCAAUGUUGCAAGAUAUUGAUUUAAAGAGUGGGAAUUUGAUCACUGCUUGGAUUGAUUACAAGAAUGAUUUGAGGGCCUUGAAUGUUUUCUUGAGCUAUUCAACUUUAAAGCCUCCAACGCCAUUACUAUCUGUGGAUAUUGACUUGGCUGGCUAUCUUAAAGAGGAUAUGUUCGUUGGUUUUUCAGCUUCAACAGAAGGGAGUACUGAAGUUCAUUCGAUUGUGAAUUGGAGUUUCAAGACUUUUGGUUUCCGGCCUGUGAGACCAAGAUCACAUCCUCAUAAUGUAUCUGAUAGCUCAGUUACAAUAAUAUCAGAUGUUCCCGUAUCAAAUUCUACCAACAAGCACCACAAGAGGCUUGGUUUAGGACUUGGGAUUGCCGGGCCGGCUUUCGUCUUUGUGGUUCUUGCAGUUUUUGGUUAUGUUUCUGUGAAGAAAUGGAAGGAUAUGAGAACAGAAAAGUGUCUCAAAGCAGAGAUUUUGACAGGGCCAAGGGAGUUUAGUUACAAACAAAUAUAUGCAGCCACAAGAGGGUUUCACUCAAGUAGAAUCAUAGGACGUGGUGCAUUUGGAAAUGUUUACAAGGCCAUUUUCGUUUCUUCGGGGACUAUUGGUGCAGUGAAAAGAUCAAAACACUCCCAUGAAGGUAAAUCUGAAUUUCUUGCUGAAUUGUCCAUUAUAGCUUGUUUGAGGCACAAGAAUCUGGUUCCUCUACAAGGUUGGUGUGCUGAGAAGGGCGAAUUGCUUCUUGUUUAUGAGUUUAUGCCCAAUGGAAGCCUUGAUAAGGUGCUUCAUCCAGAAGCUGAGAAUGGCUUAUUGCUAACAUGGCCCCACAGGCAACAUAUUGCUGUUGGAUUGUCCUCUGUCUUAGCAUACCUGCACCAAGAAUGUGAACAGCAAGUCAUCCACAGAGACAUAAAGACUAGUAAUAUAAUGCUUGAUGGGAACUUUAAUCCAAGACUUGGUGAUUUCGGAUUGGCAAGGCUGAUGGAUCAUGACAAGAGUCCAGUUUCGACACUUACUGCAGGAACUAUGGGAUACCUUGCUCCUGAGUAUCUUCAAUAUGGGAAAGCAACUGAAAAAACUGAUGUUUUUAGCUAUGGUGUCGUCAUUCUUGAAGUGGCCUGUGGUAAGAGGCCAAUUGAGAGGGAGCCAAACAGCCAGAAAAUGGUGAAUCUGGUUGACUGGGUGUGGAAAUUGCAUGGUGAGGGAAGGAUCACUGCAGCUGCUGAUAAAAGGUUGAACGGGGAUUUCAAAGAGGAAGAAAUGAGGAAGCUGCUGCUUAUAGGUUUGAGCUGUGCACACCCUGAUAGUGCUCAGAGGCCUUCAAUCAGGAGAGUCCUUCAGAUCCUUAACAACGAGGCGGAGCCAAUAGCUGUGCCAAGGAUGAAACCAAGUCUCUCUUUCUCUUGUAGCUUAACUGUUGAGGACAUUGUUUCAGAUGACGAAGAAGGCAAAACAACUGCUUGAGUGUGGGAAUUCGAAGCUGAUCCUAGAGUCAGGUUUCAUUUUCUCAGAUGCAAUAUUCAUUAAUUGUUUGAUUCAUUCAUUGUUCUUCUAUAUCAUCAUCAUAGUGUUAACUACUUUGUUUUAGUUUGCUAAUUAGAGACUAGGAGUUCAUUUAGUCUGAGUUCAAAAGUACUGUAUUGAACUAUGUGGUCUCUGCUGUAAUCUGAAGAUAUAUUCCUCCCAAAGUUUUAAAAAUGCCCUUUGCUCUGAUCUGGCCAUUGCUAGUUCAUCUGAUUAGUUUCUUUCCCAUCUUGGCAAUUGCAAAAUUUCCGGUCGAGUUGGAUUCAGAGUCUUGCUCCUUAUGUACACAAAACCAACAAAGAAAUGAAGUGUUUUCUCUAGUUUUUAAUGAUAUUAAAGCUCGAACUCCUUUCACAGUGACAUUGCAAGAAAGCCCCU